AGGCAUCAUUAAACACCAUCAAAACUCUUUCAAUAGAGAGGCUGCCUGCAGUUCCUGCUCUGUACUGUUACCCUCAUUUUCUCAAAGAACAAAGAACAACACAUAAAGCCUGUCAUCAUGUCUGAUAAAAAGAUGACAUCGAGUCGGAGGCAUCAACUAAAGAGUUUGCUCCUGGCUAUAGCCAAAGACCUGAUGGAGGUAGAGAAAAAGAAGGACCAGGAAGAAAGAGCACGUUAUAUGGAGGAGAAAUGCCCUCCUCUCUCUUUGCCUCACUCUGUGCAGGAAUUACAGGAUCUGUGCAAACAGCUGCAUCAGAAGAUCGAUGUGGUGGAUGAGGAGAGAUAUGACAUGGCUUCCAAAGUGGCUAAGGGUGAAAAAGAGAUUGAGGAUUUGAAGAUUAAGGUUCAGGACCUCAAAGGUAAAUUCAAGAAGCCUGUUCUGAAGAAAGUGCGAAUGUCAGCCGAUGCCAUGCUGCAGGCACUGCUCGGCUCUAAGCACAAAGUGUGCAUGGAUCUGAGAGCCAACCUCAAACAGGUCAAGAAAGAGGUCAAAGAGGAGGACAAGUUGGAACCUGUAGGUGACUGGCGUAAGAAAAUCGAGGAUCAGGCUGGUAUGGAUGGCAGAAAGAAGAUGUUUGAGUCCGAGGCUUAAAUCUCAACAAUUUUUACUUCAGAAGAUGUUGAAUCUGAGGCUUAAGCAGGGAGCCAUUUUAAUUUUCAAGCUGUUUCUGAUGGACUUUCUCAUGCUAAAACUUUCUCAUACUGAUGCAUGUUUCGCUGUCAAAAGUGCUUGUGACACAUUCAACAAGCCAACGGUAACUACACUAAUCCAUAUAUUCAGGAUGUACAACAUGAAUUAUAUGUAGGCUCACCAUAACAAAUAAAUAACAAACAAAAACAGAAA